GGAAGGAGCUGCUGGCGUCACUCCGUACCUGUGAUGUCAGAGUCUGCAGAGCUGCUGGAGUCUUGAGGUGAAAACAUAUAAAGUCUAUAUGUACAUGAAAAAUGUUCAAAUGUGACUUCAGGUGACCAGCUCCGCUCAUUUGCACUGAAAAAUAGUAAUUGUGUGAGUAGGGCUGGGCGAUAUGAGCAAAAGUUUAUCACAAGCAGGGGGGAAAAAUAUAUAUAUAUAUUCUGUGUAAUAAAUUUCUAAAGUUUGUCCACAGCCCCGUAAGCUUUGUUGGCGGGGGCGGGAUUUAUGACCUAUGCUGCAGCCUGUCACCAGAGGGUGCUGUUCUCAGAGUGGCUUCACCCAGUGAGGAGGCAGACGGCGUCCAUUCUAUAUACAGUCUAUGGUCAUAAGGCGUUGCACUAGAGAAAGCGGACUGAAUGGCCAGCUGUUUCGGCUGCACAGGUGCAAUGGGCUCCUUGAUCCACUCUAGGUUUGUAACCUUUUGCAUUGUGCGUGCACUGCUUCAGGUGGUGAAAAAGAUUUGAGGAAUUCCCCGACUUUGCAAGAACGUGUACUCGACAUAACUUGCAGUGCACAUUACUCUGCUUCAUGUCCGACCUUAAAAAAAACAAAAAAAGUGCUAUGGCUGAGUGUAGCUGCAGCCUGCUACUAUGCAGUUGUUUGCUACUUGGUUCUAAUUCAGCACAUGAUUGGUUCAGUGCGAAGCGGACCCAGAGCAACUCCCCUUUUCAUUGGCUGUUUGUAUCGUCCACCAAAAUAUGGCAGAAUGCCGACUAUUGAAAAACAUAUUGACCAUGUUUCAUGUUGAUAUUGAGGGACAUUAAUUUUCGAUAUAUAUCUUUAUGGUUUUAUCGCCCGGCCCUAUUUAUGACAUUUAAACAUCCAUGAAAAGAGCUUUUCACAACAAGUGUGACUGCUCUCAUAAAAGAUUUUAGUCACAGACCUCCGUCAUUCAGCUUUAAUGGUACCUACAAUCCCAGUAAAAACUCUCUGGCUGUUUGUCAGCUAAGGUGAUGUUUACUUCACUAAGUGUCAUUAAAUCGUUAAUAAGGUCUAAUAAUGAGGUAAGCUUGUAGAGAGCCAGCAACACCUCUGUGUGAUCCAUCUCAAAUACAGAUGGUUCACUUACAGCAAAAUAAAAUAAGAAAAACAACUUUAAUUAGAACUCUAAUUCAUAACAAAUCUAUAAAGUUUUCAGAACGGGACAUUCAAAUGUCAUUCAAAACAACCUGAUUUGUCCCUGAAUUGCUCCUUAUAUUUUUCACGUUUUUACCUCUUGAAAAAAAAUAAACCAGGAAACUAAUAAAACUAUUAAAGUUAAACCAUUUUUUUCUGGAUUAACAGGGUAAAGUGGUUGUCUAACACAAUGAUAAUAUGUUGUAGCUCAUUAAAGGUGCAGUGUGUAGAUUUCAUGUCCCAAUCUAGGGGCUUCAGAUACCCAGCAUUUGUAGCCUCCAGAGACUCAGGCUGAACUGAACUGAGACAGCACAGUCUACACAGGACUCAGUGUUUAAGUCACCGGGUGUCUCUGCCUUUAUGCCAGCAUCACACAGCACCACCCUUUCACCAGGCAUUUGGUGGCCAGCUGGCGAACUCAUUUUGUUUAGCUAGUGUCCUGUAACUUAAAAGCCAUCACUUAAAUUUUAAAGAUAGAUUUUAAUAGUGAUGUGUUAGACUUGUGUUUCAUUUGUUUUGAACUGAACUUUUGAAGAGGCAUACAAAGAAUCACGGGAUACGAUACCUUUGGCCACGAAGGACGUACCUGAUGCAGCCUGCUUUUUUAGCCAUUUUGAAGAGGAAUUAAAAAUCAAGAGCUGUCUGAGACAAACAGUAACACACUAUGUGAUUUAGUUUAUUAAAAAGCAACUUACUGAUGCAGCAGGAGCCGAACCAAUUGACAGAAAUGUUACGUUGUGUUUACUGUCAAAUAGUCAUUUCUUUUUUCAUAUCAUUUUCCCUCAUCUUCUAGCAACUAACAUUUAGCAUCGGAUGUUCAUUAAGUGUCCUUGUGCUAUUUGACAGACUAUUGAGCACUGCCAGGUGUUUGAUUAGAAACCUGAGAGCUAAACACAGGCGCGAGCACGCACAAAAUGCACCAAGGGAAAGUGGAUUUCUGUCUUUGGCUUAAGCCAGCAGCUCAGAUGUUGAAAUGUACUUGAGGCAAGUAGAGAAGCUGUAAGACGAGCUCCAGACAUCAUUCAUGAAGUGUUUCCAGGGUCCAGAGUCCAGACCUCUUUCUCCUUUUAUAUCCCAAAUUCUUCAGCAGAUGGAAUCAUAAAGGGUUUGCAGGUUUUUACGAAGAAUGAGUGAAAUGAAACUGAAUUUAAUUUUAAGACAUCUGGCACACAGUUAAACUGGCUUACUGAAGAUGAGCAGAGGGAUGAGCUUCAUGUCUAUGAGACGAGUUAAUCAUGUUUGUGAAGAAAGCAAAGCCAGCUGGAUCAAGUAUUGCUCCCUCGGGACCCCAACAUAAUCCUUUUCAAAUAUUUUUAAGUUUGGGCUGAUUGUAUAGUUCAAUUCAGAGUGAUUUUUAUGGCAUUAUACAACAACUCCCCUUGAGAGAGUACACAUAAUUCUCAAUGAAUGAAGUCCUUUUGCUGUCUCAAAAAUACAGUACAAAAACAUUAAAUCAUAAAGCUCAUACUGUAUAAGUGAAAUACUUCAAAUAUUUGUACGCUUAAAAAGUACAGAAAACCUUAUGUUGUUAUUUAUUUAAGGAGUUUAACAGUUUCUUUCAUCUGGAAGUAGUUUUUUCAGCUUUAAAACACAAGUGAAAAAAAAUUGAAGGAGUCAUCUGAUGAAACAGUAGUAGCAGGGGGACACUCCCACAAACUAUUAAAAUCGUCCCCACACUGUUCCACUUUUGUAACAGCUGAGUAAAGGACACUCCCCUUUGCUUUAAAAGCGGUGGCCACAAAAUCAUCUCACCUCUGCUGAGGUUUUGCUUCAACAUCUGGAUUUCUCCAUCCCUACACUGGGAGUCUAUUGAUCUGGUAUCAAUCUGUGACAUAGAGGAUAUCAAGGACACCCAGUUCUCUCUGAAGGAAUCCAGCUUCGCCUGAGGUGUGUCCUGUACUGAGCAUUGAUGAUGGGUCUGUUGGCCAGAGCAGCGGCUCUGUCUCUGCUGCUGCAACAGCUGGUGAGCACCGUCACAGCACAAGGCAUCAGUAAGUUCUCUUCUGCACCCUCUGGAAAACAGCACAGGUUAAUAAUCUCUGAAUCUAUCUUUCCAUUUUAAAUAAUCUGUUCUCUGUUCAACAAUAUCUAAUCUAAUAUAUUCUAGAUAUUUUGAGGCUUGAAAAUUUGACAUCCUGUAAAAGAACACUCACUGGCACAAGGUCAGUCUUUGGCAGGCUAAAUAACACGACCUGCCAAUCUUAAUGUGAACCUCAGUGUUUCAGUUUCAGUUGUUGUUGCUUCACGUUAGUCUUGAAUUCAUGUCUCUCAGCUGUUUGCAAGUGUUUCUGUGAACAGGUGUGAAUGUGUCUGUGCAUGUGAAGCUGUGUGAGGCUGUAGGUUUGUUCCACUGGAAAGAGCUGACUGCUGUUGCUUUUUUCGGCAACUUCGGUCCACCAUUCCAUAACACACAGCAGGAUAUAUACAUAGGCGUGUUCUUGCACACAUAUGUAUAUGCACAUGCACACACAUACGGAUACACUGUCACACGUAAUAAAGCACCGUAAUGCUCUGACUCAGUAGUGGUGAUUCACAGCACAAUGUGAGCUAUAGACUUGAAGACACACACCAUUCAGUAAUACAUAGAAAAAAGAGAAAGUCAGUGUUGCUCUCAGUUGAGUUUUGUGUGUGAUGAUUUCAGCGAGUCCUUGCCUUUAAGAUGAAGUUUAUUUACAGUGUUAUAUUGCAGUUUUUCUAACAGUCCUCUCCUGUGUUAGUCUACGACCUGCUGGUGUCUCCUGACUGCCUGCCUGACCUACUCCAAGGAAGUCUGAAGAACAAAGGGCGAGACGAGGCGUUCCUCCUCUCCUCCUUCAGGAUCCACAACAAGGCCCCGACCUCUCUCUUCAGUGUCGUCAACCCCCAAGACAACUCCAAGUAUCUAGAACUCAGCAUACAGGCCAAACUGAGCAAGGGUGAGUUAUUGUUCUGAUACAUGUAACAGGUUCUGUGAAAACUACUUCAACAGACUAUGCUGUAAGCUUUUUGUUCUCCAGUUUUAAAUCAUGCUUUUCUGCAGCCAGGUCUCUGUUUCCCCUCUUAUUCUGUGUCUGGUCAUAUUUUUGCUUCAACACUAGUUAUCCUUCGUUACCUGAAGACUGACGGCAGGUUUGGUACAACCAGCUUCAACCACCCCUCGCUGGCAGAUGGCCGGGAUCACCAUGUAAUGCUGCACGCCAGAGGUUUGCAGCACGGUCCACCUCGCCUCCACAUCUACAUAGACUGCAGAAUGGUUCACACUUUGGAUGAUCUGCCCGCUGCAUUUGGGUCCAUCCCACCUGGCUCCAACAAGGUGGCACUCAGGACCCUUCAGACAAGUAGACAGGUGAAUGAAAAGCUUAAUAAAAGAGGCUUAACAGUAAGGUCUAGCUGCUGGAAGAGGACCACUUGAGAGUAGAAAGAUGCCAGAGAGAGGGCAGGAAAGUCAGAGCCAAGGUGACAAGCUUCUUUGUAGUUCAACCCUGCUUGGUUAGCUUGUACACCCUACCUCCACCCACUGCUGCCCAUUUUCAUAAGAGAAGAGAGUAAGGAGGAGAAGCUUGUUUGGGUCUCCUUCAGUCUUUCUCUGUCUGCUGUUUCUUGGUCAGGAUGAGCUGAUGGACCUGAAGCUGGUGAUAGAAGACACUAUAGACAAUGUGGCCACUCUGCAGGACUGUUCUAUGGAUCAGGGGGGAUCUGGGGCAUCUGGCAGAGAGGCUCUGCAGCUGCUGGGUGAGAAAAAUCGACGGCUUAUUGACAUGAUCUGAUUUUUAACUGUGGCAAAUAUACAGCUUUGUUAAAAAGUUUCACACGCAACUUUACUCUAAAUAAAGCUUUAGCUCUGAGCUGAAACAAAGAGCACAUUGCCAUUAAAAACAGUCUGAAACCCUUUGAUGAAAGAAUCCCUUCAUGUAAUUUUGAAUAUCAGCAGGACUUUUUUUCCAUUAUGAUCUUAUUGAAGCACAUCUUACCUUUUAAAAUCAAACAUUGCACUAAAGUUACUCUGUUUGUCUGCAGUUUAUGUUCUCCUCUCAUGGUCAGAUUGGCUGUGUUGACCAUUUAGGGAUUAGUGUCCUUAAUGGACUUUUGCUAUUCAAUGAAACACACACCGGUGAGGUUUAUUAGUUAUCGUUUCAGAGGAUCCAAGGCAGAAUGAAUUAGGUAUAAAGGCUAAGAAUUAUUAGAGCUCUAAGUUAAUGAUAGAUAAUACAAGACACCCUAAAAGGACUUAGAAUUGAAAUCAGGACUCAGAAUUUAUGUUCUAAUAAUUGUGAGAUGAGGGCAAUUUUAAAACCCACAGAUACAAAACCAGAUUAGAUCGUUUGUAUCAGUUAUUCAUAAAUUAAACAACUAACUAUUGAAAAUAUACUCAAAUAACGUAUGCUAUCCAAACGACUGCCAUGGCCAUCCAUGUAGUCAUAGACUUCCACUGGUUUAAGCACUGAACUUGGUAGAUGUAUUGCAUAUUUCAUUCUCUGGUUUGUGGUAUUCCCUCAGGUAUCCAGGGGGCCAGUAUGACACACGACCAGGCCACCAUGCUGGAGCUGAAAAGCAUGUUCGCUGAGAUGAAACAGCUGCUCAACCAGCAGGUAACCUGUUUAAUGUCCCAGCCUUGUGUGUCUGGGAAAUAGAAAACAAUAGUGAAAAUGCACCCAUCAUCUGGAAGAGGUAUGAUAGUAUCUUGUUAUUUAGAGGAGCUAUUUGUUUGUAUAAGUGGAGGAGAGUUGGCUGCUUCAUGACCAUUUGGAAUUUUAAUUUUCCCAGGCUAAGAUUGGCUCUGUAAUUAAACUAACAUUUUGUUGUGUACAUCAGGAGUCCAGACUCUGAGGGCAUGACAACUCUCUGUAGUUCUUUUGUUCCCAGAGUUCAUUUGUUCAGCAUCAGAGAGAAGAAUGAAAAACAAAAAAAAGACAUUCACCUCAGGAGCAGAUAAAGGAUUUCAGAUGAUCGUUUAAAGCUGAGGAUUUGUUUGAAGAUAAACCAUCAAACCAAGAGCCUGUGGAAAUAAAAUCCUUGUUAUGCGGUCUGCAUCUCAUAAACACAGAGUCAGUUCAGUGGUUUGAGAAACAGACCACAAGAGUUUUCCUUGGCUGGUACAGAUUGUCUAACUAUUACAGUCCCAUUCAGAUUAAGAAAACAAGAUGAAAGAGAUACGGUUCUGAGCUGCCACUUUCACUGAGAACAGUAAAAGUAUAGCACAAGUAUUAACUUUAUUUUUUCUGUUUUUCUCUGCUUUAGAUUAAGGAGAUCAGUUUUCUGAGGAACACCAUCACAGAGUGUAUUCCUUGUUGUAAGCAGCACAAAAGUUCUAAUAAUCAGACUUUCCACAUGGUGUAAAAACUUUCCUGAAAAUCAUUUCAUCUCAUCUGUGACUGUGUAGCUGCGGGUCUAAGGGGCGGCCCGACCAACACGGGUCCAGCUCCGACUCCAGGACAGUUUGUCAUGCGGCCUGAGCCUCCGACUGAGUGCCCACCAGGUACCUGUUUCACACAGAGCAUGUGCAUCCCUACGGGCUCAGGAGAUUUCCAGUGUGCGCCUUGUCCGGAUGGAUAUACAGGAGAUGGCGUGCAUUGUGAUGAUGUAGAUGAGGUAUGCUGAUUCAGUGUUGUUUUCCAGUGAAAGUUGUACUUGUCUCGUCAUCAUGAUAAUAACAGUUUCUCUGUGUGCGUUUUAGUGUCAGUUUGGCCCAUGUUUCCCUGGCGUGCAAUGUGUGAACACCGCCCCUGGUUUUCGCUGUGGGCAGUGUCCUCUGGGAUACACUGGACCAGGGUUAGAUGGAGUGGGAGUGGCUUAUGCUAAGACCAACAAACAGGUCAAACAAAAACAAUGACCCUGCUGUUUAAGAGUUCAUUCAUUGAUGCCUGUCGUCACUGAGGGAAUCUCUUCUUUACACACUGACUGUAGACAUUUUUUUCCAGGUGUGUGAGGAUAUUGAUGAGUGUCUUGGCCCACCUGACAAUGGAGGUUGUACCCCUAACUCACAGUGCCACAACACCAUGGUAAGACCACUGGGACUUAACAGUUAGUAGCAAAUUACCCCAUAGUUGGAGACCUGGGAUCUUGACCCUGAACUAUCCUGAACAGGGCUCUUUCCGCUGUGGAGACUGUAAAACUGGCUUCACAGGCAACCAGGUGAGCGGCUGCCAAGGUACCAGACUUUGCCCCAACGGCCAACCAAACCCCUGUGAUGCCAACGCAGAGUGUGUGGUGGAGAGAGACGGCAGCAUUAGCUGCAGGGUAAGAGCUUCAAAGAGACUGACCUCAUAUUCGGCUUUCUGCGAAACCCUUAAUCAUGAAUAAGUCAUUUAUGAUCAUGCUGUUUAACAGUUCAUCAUGACAUCAUGACUUUUCCUUCCUCUCUCUCUCUCUCUCUCUCUCUGUGUGUGUGUGUGUGUGUGUGUGUGUGUACUAGUGUGGUGUUGGCUGGGCAGGUAAUGGCUAUGUGUGUGGAAAGGACACUGAUAUUGACGCAUUUCCAGACAGUAAGCUGAAGUGUAAAGACGACAACUGUCGACAGGUACUCAUGUCUACACCCCCACCCCCCUCUGAUGUAUUUAAUAACCUGUUUGCAUUAAAAAUAAUUUGUUUGUGCUUUGCUUGUUUUUCCAGGAUAAUUGUGUGUUUGUUCCGAACUCUGGUCAAGAGGAUGCAGACAGAGACGGGUUAGGAGAUGCCUGCGACGAAGAUGCAGACAGUGAUGGCAUUAUUAACAAUGACGUAGGAUACUCCCACAAAGUUUUGGGUCUAAAAUCAAAACCUUUUACCUAUGUUUGAUUAACUACAAAGUAAAAUAUGACUGAUUUGUCUCAGGACAACUGCUGGCUUGUACCAAAUGUGGACCAGAGGAACAGCGAUAAGGAUCUCCAUGGCGAUGCUUGUGACAACUGCGUAACAGUUGAUAAUCCUUCUCAGAGGGAUAUUGAUAAGGAUGGGCUGGGAGAUGAGUGUGAUGAUGAUAUGGACAAUGAUGGUAAGUGGAUUUUUGAUGAACAAAUGAUAUAUUCUGUGAUUUCUCCGUACCUCCAGGACUGUUACCACCAUGUUUGUACAUGGGUAAAGUGACUAAAAAGGCUGUUCUGUGGGAGGUGUAAUAAUGUGUUCAUUAUGGCUUUUAUUGCUCCAGUUUGAGGUAAUGAAGUUUGGAAGGCAUCUUGAAACCUAAUGGCUGAUAAUCACAUUAAAAGACUACCGUGUCUGUGAGAGUUAUCCAAACCGCAGGCUGUCUGGACAAGAACACAACUCUUACCACCCUGUCUAGGAAAAAGUACAGAGGGGCAGCAAUUUAUCUGUUCAAAACAUCCUCCAGGUUUUUUUUUUAAAUGUCUGUUUCCAAUUCACAUCCUCUACCACUUAGAUCACCAGCUUUCAGGAAAACAACCCAAAGGUUAUUACAGUUUUAAAAACAGCAGAAAACAGUGUUGAAUGUUAAACUGUCCCAACUGGAAUUAUACGUGUUAUCCCACAAACUUUUCUCACAUACCUCACUUGAUGGCUCUUUUAGAGCACAUCUCAUUUGUUCCACUGGAAACACAGUUUGAACUUGUUCCCAUUGUGUAUGUGUGUGUGCCUCUGUGUUUACCUUUAAAAGCUUACGCAGGUUGCAUGUUAAGACUUUGUGUAGUGACCCAUGCUCAUUCAGUUUGGCGGCACUCCAAACUCUUGAUCAUUUGGUUAUGUCUUCAACUCCAGGACGGGAUUGCUGAGCGCUUGGUCAUGUCUGUCUCCUCUCUCAAAGCAUUUUUCCACUUAAAGCCUCCGCCAGGCAUUGAAGGCCACUGGAAACUAUUUCACCUUUGCCUUAAACAAACACUGCCAUCUGCUGAUGCAUUCGACAGCCUCUGUCUGUAUACUGUAGCUGCAUACUGUCACGCUGUGUUUUGCUUUCUCCCCUGUCAGGGGGUUUUAACACUCGACUCAUAAAUCAUGUUCACAGGUUUGAAGAAUAUUCUUGAUAACUGUCCGAGAUUUCCCAACCCUGACCAGAAAGACCAGGACAAGGAUGGGGUGGGAGAUGUCUGUGACAGCUGCCCUGACAUGUUCAACCCUAACCAGGUGAAAGAAAUUAAGGAACAACCCAAACAAAAGACAAGACUUGCCUCGUAGCUCUAACCGUGAAGGUGUUUUCUCCCUACAGUCUGACUCAGAUGAUGAUCUUGUUGGAGAUACAUGUGACAACAACAUCGACAGGUAGAGCCCACCUUCAUGACCAGACAGAAAAGCUUUGAGAACAUCAGUUGAGCAUUCUUUGGAGUAAAAACACAGCAGUGACAACUUUCUCGGUAUAACUGUUUGGUAGAAAAUCUUAAAGAAGUAAUAGUAAGUUAUGUCAAACUAUGAUCCAGACUGAAGCACUUUGUCUACACUGAUGUCUGUGUGGUGACAGGAGUGAUUAAGUUCAUCCAAACCAUUAAAAUGAGACAUUUUUAAUGAUCUGUUUUACCGGCACAACUCCUCUUUUCAGUGACGGUGACGGACACCAGGACUCAAAGGAUAACUGUCCCACAGUCAUCAACUCUUCUCAGCUGGACACCGACAAAGACGGGAUGGUUUGCUACCUUUCUUUUUAUUUGUUUGAUCAUCUCAUGUGUUUUGACAUACAGAUGCCAUCCCCAUACUCCAAAUGUGCCGUUAUUUCUUCAUAGGGAGAUGAUUGUGAUGAUGAUGAUGAUAAUGACGGUAUACUGGAUGAUGAUGACAACUGCAGAUUGGUCCCUAACCCAGACCAGAAGGACACAGACAGUUAGUAUCACUUAGUCUUUGUCCCUGUGGCAGCAUGUGUGUAGUAUUUGCGCUCUCUGUGUAGACAGUAUUUGUGUUCUUCUUAAGCUGCGCCCUCAUAUUUCAGAAAACAAUGUUGGAGACGCCUGUGAAGGAGAUUUUGACAAAGAUAAUGUCAUUGACAUAAUCGACCACUGCCCAGAGAACGCUGAAGUCACCCUAACUGACUUCAGAGCCUAUCAGACUGUAGUGCUGGACCCAGAAGGGGACUCUCAGAUUGACCCCAACUGGGUAGUCCUCAACCAGGUAAAGGAAAACCAACCCUUUAUUCUUAGCUAGCCUCUGUGACACUGUCUUAUUUUUAGCUUUGUGUUACAUUACAGUCUUAUGAUGUUGUCACGACAAAAUGAGUGUAAAAAUGUGCUUGUUGUUGAAAAAUUAAAAUGUUUUUAAGACGAGGAUUAUGCUACUUAUGUUGAAUUUUAACAACACCAAAUAAAGUGAAGCUUCUCUGUUUUGAUGCUUACAGGGCAUGGAGAUUGUUCAGACCAUGAACUCUGACCCCGGCCUUGCAGUAGGUAAGUAAACCCUCAUUCUGCCUCACCUCAGACGAUGUUUUAAUUAUAAGGUAUGACACAUUUUCUUCAUAUUUUCUUAGCUGUUUCCCACCAUGUUGUGUUUUUUUUUGUUACCAUCCAUAUUGUUAGGCUACACAGCUUUCAGUGGGGUUGACUUCGAGGGUACCUUCCAUGUGAACACUGUGACUGACGAUGACUACGCUGGCUUCAUCUUUGGCUACCAGGACUCCUCCUCCUUCUAUGUGGUGAUGUGGAAACAGACAGAGCAGACGUACUGGCAGGCUGCACCCUUCAGGGCAGUUGCUGAUCCUGGGAUACAACUUAAGGUAAAACGUGGGUUCAAGUGGUUUAUAAUCUGCAGCUACCCGGUCACAACUCCAGAGGCAGGUUAGGUCUUCGACUAUCUGUAGCAACAUGAGAAUUAAUCACCUUGGAUACAUCAAAAAGAUGAGGAAGGUGAAAAGGAAAACAGACGUAUUGAUAAGAUAUUAAAGUACUGAGUUUGUUAUUUGCAAGAAAAAUUUAUUAAAGUGUCAAUUCACCAUGACUUCUCAAUUUACCGACUAAAAAUAAGUCUGGUCUUUUAGUUUUACUGUGUGCUGGCCAACUUUCAAAUCCUGAAAAUCUUUCAUUUUUUAAGAAUUAGUCACAUAAGUCAACUCCAAACAUGUCAUUCAUAAAGUUAGGAAUCUCCCAGUCUCAUGUUACUGCCCUCUUUAUCCCCCAGGCUGUGAAAUCUAAGACAGGUCCUGGUGAAUAUUUGAGGAACUCCCUCUGGCACACAGGUGACACCCAAGACCAGGUUACUCUCCUGUGGAAGGACCCAAGGAAUGUGGGCUGGAAAGAUAAGGUCUCCUACCGUUGGUUCCUCCAGCACAGACCACAAGUAGGAUAUAUCAGGUACAAAAAGACACAGUCACUCACUCACAGUUGGGCAGAAAUACACACACAAUGAAUGAAAUGUGGGACUAAUUCACCUCCUCUGUGAACCAGGGCUCGCUUCUUUGAGGGGUCAGACCUGGUGGCAGACACAGGGGUCAUUACUGACACCAGUAUGAGAGGAGGGAGACUGGGCGUCUUCUGCUUCUCACAGGAGAAUAUCAUCUGGUCCAAUCUGAAGUACAGAUGCAACGGUGAGAGUCUGCAAGAUUUGAGCACCUGCUCUGUCCACUAUAAGUAUCACUGAGAGCUUAAGAGUUUCAUUUCUUCUCUCCACAGACACUAUUCCCCACGACUAUGAGGAUCUCAGUGCCCAAAGCACGCAGUAAAGAAGAGGGUGAAGAGGCCUGUUGAGAACAUAUAAAAGGGCCAAGAUGAAGACUUGGGAUAAACUGAGAAAUAAAGAUGAGAGGGACCACAGGGAACAGCUUUGGAGGAAAUAUUUGAAGAUGGUAUUUUAACUUUGUCAUUCAAUACAGUCAGCAUAACUGAGGGCAUUAUAUCAUUUCAUUAGUUAGCUAAAGCAAGUGCACUCCUGUUUGAAUGAUCAGGUCUGUGUUUGUCCACGGGAUAUCGCCUGCGAAUUUUGUCAUUAUUCUGA